AUGGUUGCUGCUGUGCUGUCUUCAGGGACAGCAGCGAGGACAGCAACAGCCGCACCGACCACAGCAGCAAACGGAACAGCAGCAGCAGCUGCUGCUGCUGUGGCGCCCCCUACGUUGCUGCUGAGGGCCUCUUCAGCUGCUGCUGUGCCGUCUAUUACUUCCUUGCGACGUGCACGCAGCAGCAGCAGCAGCGGCAGCAGCAGCAGGGCUAGUAGCAGGAACAAGAGCAGCAAGAGCUACAGCACAUGUAAGAACGACAAGGGCAGCACGGAGGAGCCGUCUGCUCCCAUAUAUGCAGCGGCUGCAGCAGCUGCAGCCGCAGCAGCUCCCGCCCGCGUGAGGAGCCAGCCCAGCGGCAGCAGAAGGAACAGCGACGACAGCAGCAGCAGCACCGGCAGCAGCACCAGCAGCAGCAUCAAUAGCGGUGCGCGCAGCAGGGACAGGGCUGAUGAUAAUGAGCCUCUAGGCGGAUUUCCUGCUGCAGAUGCUGCAGCGGCUGCUGCAUCAGCAGCGGCCGCAGCGAUGCCCUCAUGCUUGAGGGGUCUGCCUGGCUGCAGCAGCAGCAACAGCUGCUGCAGCAGACAACGCGUAGCUUCAUCUUCCGUUGCUGCUGCAGUGCGUGCGAGUGAGCGGCGGCUUAGGGGCAGCGAGCUGCCGUCGGAGAGCAGCAGAAGCAGCAACAGCAGCAGCAGCAGCGGAGCAGCAACUGGUGCUGCUGCCGUGCAGCUGCAGCAGUUUGCUGCUGCUUUGUGGGCGCUGCCCUGCGUAGACACCGUCUGCAGCAGCAGCAGCAGCAGCGCAGCAAUAUGCUCCACUCUAGAUGAAGGCGUUGCUGCUGCUCUUUUCCCUUCAAGUCCGCCGCUGCUACUGGAGCCCCUCGUCCCUGAGCAGCAGCAGCAGCAGCAGCAGCAGCAUGAAGUGGAUGCAGCAGUAGCUCAUGCUAUGCGCUGUACCCUCCCUACUAUGUACCAGCAGCGACAGCAGCAGCUGCAUGCCCUGGCGCUGCUGCAGCCUGAGGUGUACAGACACUGCACGGGGCUGCAAGUCGCAGCACAAAUAUACGCGGAGAGUCUGCAGCUGCUGCAGCAGCUCUUCGAGCCCCAACAGCAGGAGCAGGAGCAGCAGCAUCAGCAACAGCAGCAGCAGCGAAUGAGGGAGGCUGCUGCCCAGAUCUCUGCAGCAGCAGGCUCACCAGGAGGAGCAGGUUCAGCAGACGAAGCAACAACAGCAGCAGAAGCAGAACCUGCAGCAGAGCAGCAGCCUCCAGCAGCAUAUGCGGCAUCGCAGCAGCUGCAAGAAGCCGUUGCAAAUACUCCGCAGCAGCAAGCAGCAGCAGCAGACCGAGACCCAGCAGCAGCAACACCCCUUCCUAGUAGGGAGACCUUGAGAAGCGCUUUGCUGCUGCUACGGCAGCAGCAGGCGCGUUUGGUUGGCGAGCUGAUGAAGGGUAUAAGAGAUUUUAUAGGGCCCCUAGCCGGGGGCUCUACAAGGGGCCCCCCAGGGGGAGGGCCCCCAGGGGCCCCCACGGGGGGCCCCUCGGGGGGCCCCCAAGGGGGCCCCCACGGGGGGCCCCUGCAGCAGCCAAGCCGAAAGCAACAGGCGGCGCUGCUGGCAGUGUGCGACAAAUUUUUGGAGGCAUUUUUUAGUGGGCGUGUAGCAGCAGAAAUUCUGAGGGAAAGGUGUAUAGGGGCUCUUGAAGGAUGGAACCCCACGGGUGCAGCGUUGCAACCUUGUGUAGUGGAUUCGCUGGUGCUGCGAGCAGCAGCAAAUGCACAGAGAUUGGCCUGCAGCAGCCUGGGGGUCGCUCCUGCUGUUCGACUCUUCGUGUCUUCCGUCUGCUGCUGCAGCAACAGCAGCAGCAGCAGCAACAGCAGCAGCAACAGCAGUAGCAGCGGCAGCAGCGACAGCAGUAGCAGCGGCAGCAGCGACAGCAGUAGCAGCGCCAGCAGCACCACCACGAACACCAGCAGUAGCGGCGGCAGCAGCAACCGCGAGCCCUGCAGGUGUCCCACCGUGACGGGUGGCUGCUGUUGCAACAGCAGCAGCAGCAACAGCUGCAGCCGCAGCAACAGCAGCUCCCUAUACACCGCCGAUAAACGAAUAGUCCGUUGCGCCCCCGCGUAUGUUUACAGCGGUUGCUUUGAGCUCAUUAAGAAUGCAAUCGAAGCCACAGUGCAGCAGCAGCUGCAGCAGCAGCACCAGCAGCUGCUGCAGCAACGGCAGCAAAAUAAGCAGCUGCAACAGGAGGACGGGCAGCAGGAACGUUGCCACGAGCAGCAGCAGCAGCAGCAGCAGCGAGAAUGGGACUCCAUGCCGGUCCGAGACUCCAGAUGCAUAUACAGCUUGCCUUCUCUCGGAGAGCUGCCUGCCAAAGAGCAGCAGCAGCAGCAGCAGCAGCAGCAGCAGCAAAACCCGCAGGAGCAACCUCGCCCAACUAGUUCAACCAUGCCGCCAGUGGAUAUACACCUGAUUUCUGCCGCAGACUCUGGGGUUGUUAUCAAGGUGAGCGAUAGCGGCGGCGGCCUCUGCCGAACGGAGCAGCAGUUGGCGUGGCAGUUUUUAUACUCCACGCGGACUGCGCCUACCGACAAAGACGGAAAGAGGCAGACAGGCUCUGCGCUGUUCUCUGGGUGGGGUGUUGGCCUCCCUCUGACGCGGAUAUAUGCGCGAGCACUGGGAGGAGAUGCUUUCAUGGAGUCCAGGAUCGGUCAGGGCACUCGUUCUUAUUUGUACGUAGCGAAUUUAAAGGCCAGCGCAUGCAGCACGCAGCCCCACACCUCUUUUACUGCUGCUGUUGCUCCGCUGCGCUGCUGUCACCCCCUCUUCCGCGGGCUUCACAAGCAGCAGCAGCAGCAGCAGCAGCAGCAACAGCAACAGCUCCAGCAGCAGCUUCUGGAGGACGACUAG